AGGCUGCGUUUGAAAGCUGACCCUGCGGCACAGCAAUGCAAUGAUCCACUUCCAACAUUUAGUAUCUCCAAUCUUCCUGACUGUGCAAACAAAGAUAACAACCCACAUCUUGAUACUUUCUUGAGCAAGGUAAGAUUUAACAUCCAAUCUACAUUAAUGCCUACUGCCGAAGAACUCCUCAAGGUUGCCGGAUCUCUGGAUCAUCCGUCUCGAAAGAAAGUACUCCCAAGGUAUUCACCAACAAUUGGCGAUAGACUUACCCUGGCUGCUCGAAAACUCUUUGAAGAGUGCAGCAAUAUUCCACCGUCUGAAGUCGAAUCACAUAUCUGCAAAAUUGUAAUUUUGCACGGCUUAUAAACACUAGGGUUUUCCUUUGCUAAUGUGCUACUCAGCGCGAUCUUGCUUGGGAUGUCUUUCCCUGGGCAUGUAUCGGCGAAUUUUGGUUCAUAAUAUUCGGUCUUUCAUGACAUCCACAGUAUCAACAACUAAUUCAGCUCCUUAGUUCCAAAGACGCUACCCAAACGUCCGAAAAUCUUCCGAAGUUUCUCGAUAUUGGAACCUGCAUUGGCCAAGAUCUACGAGCUUUACAUAACGAUGGUGUACCUCUGUCUGUUCUUUAUGGCACAGAUCCCAUUCCACAAUUUGAAACCAUUGGACAUGCACUAUUCAAAGAUGAGGAUCGUUUCUUGCCUGAUCACUAUAUCGUUGGAGAUAUCUUCAAUCUUUCACCAUCUUUAGCCAAAACUGCCGGCAGUUGGUCUGCCGUGAAUAUGAUUAUGUUCUUGCAUCUUUUCAAUAUUCCAAAUGCAGAGCAGGUCUGCGCCAAUGCCUUGAAGUUGUUACGCCCAAAAGCGGGGUCUCUCAUCACUGGUGCUCAAACCGGGACCACGCAGCCUGGUAAACUUGUGCUCAAGCCACCUAUGUGUGAGCCUGGAGAAUAUAAGACAAUUUACCGGCACAGCGCAGAAACAUUGGUCGAACUUUGGCAAAGAGUUUCGGAGAAGCUGAACAUCCGCGUCAAAGCUACUGCGGAAUAUGAUGAGGAAGAAAUCAAAGAAAGAGAGCAUGGGGUUCGAGACAACCCAGAUUGGGAGAAAAGCAACAGGUCAUUCGUGGGCAAUUCUGAAAGACGAAUUUACUUCAUGGUAGAGCUCCUUUGAGAGAAGUAGCAUAUUACGAUAUCAGAGUUGUUAGAACAAAACUCAUUGAAAAUUGAAUUCACCAGUUGCAGCAUCAAACUCUUACUCGAACAUGGCACAGUGCCUCUUUUUAAAUUCUAAAUUGGCAAAAUACUGUGUCCAUAAUGAUCAAUCGACUCCCUUAUCAGUACCGCGGUAUUACUAGGCCUAUGUCGUGGUGAGCUUAGAAAUUAGAAGUUACAAACAGCGUGAUGUCAUACUCGAUUGUAUAAAGAAAAGACUCGGUUUCACUGGCAUUUCAGAAAAUUUGGUGUUACUUUACAGUAACUGAAUUUAAUAUUACUACUGGUAGGCACUUUUCCUGG